UAGAACUAUCAUCAUGAGUGAGAAUGUGUAUAUUGUGGCUGCAGCCAGAACACCCAUCGGGAAUUUCAAUGGCACGUUGUCGAAAUUGAAAGCAUCCGAUUUGGGCGGAAUUGUGAUAAAGGAUUUAUUGAAAAGAGCCAAUGUUGCACCCAAUGAGGUGAACGAAGUCAUAAUGGGCCAAGCUCUGACUGCUGGCCAAGGACAAAAUCCCGCUAGGCAAGCAUCUUUGAGUGCUGGUUUGCCCAUAGAAGUUCCCGCAUACAACAUUAAUUUGUUAUGUGGCUCAGGUUUGAAAACAAUUGCUUUGGGCUACCAAGCGAUACGCUGUGGUGACUCAUCUAUUGUCGUUUGUGGUGGUCAGGAAAAUAUGAGUUUAGCCCCACAUACAAUGCAUCUACGCCAAGGUGUAAAAAUGGGUCCUGCCACAAUGCAAGAUUCUAUGAUACACGACGGUCUUACCGAUGCCAUGGAAAAUAUCCAUAUGGGUAUUACCGCAGAAAAUUUGGCAAUGGAUUACAAUAUUAGCCGAGAAGAACAAGACAAAUAUGCUGUACGUUCACAAAAUUUAGCUGAAAAUGCACAAAAAAGUGGAUUUUUCGAUAAGGAAAUUACACCAGUUGAAAUUGUUGAUCGCAAAGGUACUGUCAUAUUUGACAAAGACGAAUAUAUUAAGUAUGGAGCAAGCGUAGAAGGAUUACAAAAAUUAAAACCAUGUUUUAUUAAGGAUGGUACCGUUACUCCGGGCAAUGCCUCGGGUAUUAAUGAUUCUGCCGCUGCUGUAUUGUUGAUGUCAGAGGAAGAAGUUAAAAAACGUAAUGUAGUUCCUUUGGCAAAAAUUGUGGCAUGGGCUCAAACAGGUGUAGAACCAAAAGUAAUGGGUAUUGGACCCGUCACUGCCGUUAAUGCUGUGCUUGCCAAAGCUAAUUGGUCUAAGGAUGAUGUGGAUUUAUAUGAACUCAAUGAAGCAUUUGCUGCCCAAUCACUGGCAGUUCUGAAGGGUCUUGACUUGAAAGAAGAUAAAGUUAAUAUAAAUGGCGGUGCCAUUGCUUUGGGUCAUCCCAUUGGAGCAUCUGGAGCUCGUGUAUUGGUUACAUUAUUGUAUGCUCUAGAAAGAACAGGUGGUCGCAAAGGUGUGGCCAGUUUAUGUAUUGGAGGGGGCAUGGGAAUUGCAAUGGCUGUAGAAAGGCUUUGAGAUUAAUU